AUGUCAGAAAAGAAACAGGAUCCGCAGGUUAGUAUGGCAGCCAGUUUCAUCGCCAUGCGUGGUGUCAGAAUUUUUCUCAACGCUGGUAAAGGUGCAACGGAAAAACGCACUUCUCCGACACGCUCCAGACGUACUAAAGCUGCCGUGCCAGGAAACAAACUCCAGCUUAACGUUAUGGAAAUUCUGCUGAAGAACACCAGAUUUGCUAAGAAUGAGCUGGAGGCGCUAUUCUUGAUGUACCGGAGACUCGUGGCGGCAGCACAGGCGGCGGCACCGGCUACUGUUGUUGGACAGCCGGUUCCUAAGAUUGAAGGCAUCGAUCAGAACACAUUUCGCGACGUCAUGCACAACACCUUCGACCUGGUAACCGAGGAUGUUGUCCUAGACAGGGUGUGGCUCACCUGGGACCGCGGCGCGAAUGGCGGUGAAGGAGCUCUCAAAUUCGAGGCUUGGGCCAGAGGUCUGAGCGUGAUACUUCGAGGCAACGAUGAAGAGAGGCGUGCCCAUUGCUUCGCGGUGUACGACUUGAAUGGAGAUGGAUAUAUUACUAGGGAUGAGAUGUUCGCGCUUCUCAAGAAUUCGUUAUUAAAGCAGCCUGGAGAUGAAGAUCCGGACGAAGGAGUCAGGGAUCUGGUGGAGUUGGUGCUCAAGAAAAUGGACGUGGACAAAGAUGGGAAAGUGUCAGUGGAAGAUUACAGGGCAGCGGUGGAACAAGAGCCCCUGCUUUUGGAGGCAUUCGGCCAAUGUUUACCUUCAAAACGCCAUUCUGCCACGUUUCUCAAGAAUUUAACUAUAAAACCUUAAUGGUAAAAUACAAUGGCUUAUCAAUAAGUCUCUAUAGAUUAGAAGGUAGCAUAUCUGUCUACGGGCUAUGGAGUUGAUUCCUUGACGACGCCAUUUUUUUUCUCCAUCAGCGUGGAGUCCCAUCCAGGCAAGCUUUAAAUACUACAUUCGUAUGAGAGAGAGCUGCCCUGAGUAGGAUGUUAUCGGUUAGGUAUGAACCGUGGCCAUAUCGCUCAUGUAUAGCUUGUGGUCUUCGCUAUAGCCAUUGAACCGCACUAAUAACCUUUCAAUACAUUUUAAUAACCCUUUGUUUAAGUAUAAUAGUAGAGUACUUCUAUUUUGUUAGAAACAGAACAUGCCCAGGUUAUAUUGCCAUCCUCCUAUACCACCUUUUCUAAGCAGACCCUAUUUUGUAACAUUUUUGAAAGUUAAUUACCGAUAAGGACCUGUAGGCCGAUUCUGUAUCUCAGUUGCCACCCAAUUUAUCUAGCCACUGUGAUAAGUUGCCAUGAAAUAACCUAUUAAAUCCAAAUUUUGAAUUCUCGAAUAUUUUUGGCCGAGCUAAAUUAUGCGCAAGUUUACUUCAGGGCGCGACAGAAAGCUUGCAUACGUCUAGGUACCUACUGAACCACGCCGCGUACUUUGUUCUCUAGUCUCCACUAAAUGCAGAUAUAAGAUGUCUAUCUAAUGUUUAUUACAAGACCUAGAAUGGGGGUGCCUGCUGGAUAUGUGGUUGUAUUAUAAAACAAACUUUGGACAAAAUAGACAUUUUUAAACCUUGGCUUUAGUUAAAAAUAAUUGUAAUUUUAGUA